AUGGCGGAAGAACCGGAAGAACUGCAAACUCUGAAGGGCCGUACCUUCUCCUACGUUGACCGGAAGUCACCGGAUGCCACCGGUACUCCUCCCGGGGGGCGCUCCGUUCGGGGCGUGUGGAAAGGGCUUGUGGGGCGUUGUGGCCCAAUCCAGCGCCGGCUACCGAUACUGGGCUGGAUUCGACGGUACGAUCGGGCCGACGGUGUGGCCGAUCUGAUCGCCGGCCUGACGCUCGGUCUGACCAUCAUCCCGCAGAGCAUGGCGUACGCGACCAUCGCGGGUCUUCCGUCGCAGUACGGUCUGUACGCGGCUUUCAUGGGAUCGCUGGUGUACGUGUUUCUCGGCACCGUCAAGGAGGUGUCGAUCGGACCGACCAGUCUGAUGGCGCUGCUCACGUACCAGUACACGGCGGGCCGGCCUGCCGAGUACGUGGUGGUGCUCGCGUUUGCCGCGGGGCUCGUCGAGCUGGCGAUGGGGGUCGGGCGGCUCGGGUUCCUCGUCUGCCUAAUCUCGGUCCCGGUCACGUCCGCCUUCAGUUCGGCCACCGCGCUCAUCAUUAUCGGGUCGCAGCUGCGCAACUUGCUCGGGUUGUCCCGCGGCACCGGCAGUGGCUUCUUCGGCACGCUGCUGGAUGUGACCAGGCAGCUACCGGAAGCGUCCGGUCCCGAUACCGCCCUCGGUGCGGUGUGCCUCGUUGCGCUCGUAGCGCUCCAGCAACUGCCCAAGGUACGCGGAACUGCCGACAGAUGGCGUCGCACGCUUUGGUACGUAUCCCUUGCCCGGAAUGCGCUCGUUGUCCUUGCGUGCGCCAUCGUCUCCUUCUACUGGACGACGCCAGUGGACAGUGACUCCACGUCCGGGGCCACACCCUGGCGACUCUCGGGGACCGUCGAGCCGGGCAUCCCAACGUUCGAGCUACCGACGCACGUCACCAGCAGCGUCGGUAACCGGACCGUGGGCUUCGUCGAGAUGGCGGUCGAGCUGGGCGACGGGCUGCUGCUGGUACCGCUCGUCGCCAUCUUGGCCAACGUGGCGAUUGCCAAAGCGUUCGCCUCCGGCCAAGCGGUGGACGCCACGCAGGAGCUGAUCGCACUCGGGCUGUGCAACAUCAUCGGUUCGUGUUUCCGCGCCAUGCCCACCACCGGAGCCUUCACCCGGUCGGCCAUCAGCCACGCGAGCGGAGUCCGGACGCCGCUGGCCGGUCUCUACUGUGCCCUGGCCACCCUGCUCGCCCUCGGGGUGCUGACGCCGUACUUCUACUACAUUCCGCGCGCCACGCUGGCUGCCGUGCUGAUUGCCGCCGUCGCCCCGAUGCUUGACCUACCGAUCGUGGCCCGCCUGCGGCGCACCGGGUCCCCCACCGACCUGCUCGCGUGGACCGUGUGCUUCGGCGUGUGUCUGCUGGCCAGCGUCGAGGUCGGGCUGCUGUGCGGGAUGGCGGUCAGCCUGCUCGAACCACUGCGGGUGUCGAUCUGGCCGCGCUGUCACUGCGAAACGGUACACGAGCCCCGCCAGCGGUUCAGCUUCCGGCGGGUUCGCCCCGAGCACGGGUUGCUGUACACGAGCGUCGAUCGCCUCCGGACUCUGGUGUUGGCCGAAAUGGCAGCGGCUGAGGAGGCGGCAAAGGAAGCGGCGGCCGGCGACGACGAAGACCCGACCGUGGCGAUUGUCCUGGACUGUGGGCGGCUGGUGGCGCUGGACUAUAGUGCGGCGAAGGCGCUGAAGGACCUGGCCGACGAGGUGACCCGGCUUGGCGCGACGCUGCUGCUCCGCGACGUUCCCGACCGCUGGCGGCAUCGGCUCGGGCAGCUCCACGAGACGGAGCACGGUCUGACGUUCAGUCAGUGA